CGGAAGUGGGUGCUCACAAACAGGUCAGGAGGUAUCGCCACAAGGAAUCUACAGCUGAGAAAUCGAGUGAUCCGAAAGGAGAUUUUCCUAAUAAAACAACAUCCCUGCACCGGGUUAAACUGCCUUUGAAUGCACCAUGAAGCCUCAGCUGGCAGGGGCCAAGAAGCGCCUGAAAGCAACCGGAUCCGAAGCGGCUCUAUCUCUGCAACAGGAGCUUGUGGCAGCGAUACAUGGCGCGUUUGAAGUGGCUGUGGAAAUCGCAGUUCGAGAGGUGACAAAGCUCGUAAGUGAGGCCACAGGAGAUGCCUAUGCGGAGAUACAACGAGAGAACGAGUCACUCAAACAAAGACUGCAGAGAGCUGAAGCUAAGCUGGAGGAAAGAGGUGGUAGCUCUCCUCGUACCAAGCAGCACUUGAACGCCACAAGCCGCACAGAUCAGCCACCUCACCUAAAAUGCAACCAGAAAAGCUCUAAUCCCAAUGUGGACAUCGUGUUUAGUGGCACUGGGGUCAAAGGUCAUGCUCCUGUAGUAGGUCAGACUCACAGCCGUGUACACCAGCUCCCUGACCCCCAGUCAACACACGAGGAGCAGAGAUCAGGUGACUCAAACACUCAGCAUGUCAGUGAAGCAGCCUCAGAGAGAGCAGAUGAUGGAGGAGCUGUUGCCUGCCUGCUUGCCUUUACUGAAGAAGUCAGUGAUGAGAUCUCCCGUCUGGUAAGGGUAGAAAGUAUCAACCAGCCAUGCCGAGAACAAACCGCUCAUUACUCGCCACUAUUUCCCAGUGUGGAUGAAGAGUCUAGUUUAGACAAUGUGACAAUAAAGCAGGAGAUCCUAGAAGAGGGGGAAGACGAUUCAGCCUUCUGUUUGGACUCAAUGAAAGUGGAGGAUUUCAGCCCGGACUGCAUGUCAGCGAUCCAGGCUGAAAUGCUGGUGGAGUGUAAACCAGAAGUGCUGGAGGGACAGAUCGUCGAAUCAAACGCUCCUCUGUCCUGCACCAGACUGGCUCAGGAGUUACCAAACAUCUUCCCUCUGGCAGAACCAGCUCCCAUCCCAGAAGCCCCCCCACAGGGUUAUGUCCACAGGAGGAAUAGUCGCAACCUCGGCCACUCCGUCACCAACCUCUACGCCUGCAAGUCCUGCGGCCAGUCGUUCGCCAUGCCCAGCCUGCUAAGGCGGCACCACAGCCAGUGCCAGCUGAGGCUUCAGCACUGCUAUCCGCCGGUAGAUGGAGACAAGAGGCCCAAACUGCAGCUUUUCCCCCCGGGCUGCAGCCCCUUCCGCUGCACUGAGUGCAACCGAGAGUUCAACCGCUUGGAGAACCUCAAGACUCACCUUCGCAUCCACACAGGAGAGAUGCCGUACAAAUGCUCGGUUUGCUCCAAGUGUUUCCGUCACUCCGGGGCGUUAACCAGGCACUUCCGCAUCCACACAGGAGAGAAGCCUUACAUCUGCGGACAGUGUGGAAAGUCCUUCAGGAACUGUGGGGGGCUUAAAUUCCACCAGCGAUCACAUAGCAAGCAACUACAGUAGUUUUCAUGGACAAAGCAAUUUUUAAAUGGUCAAAUCAUUUUUGUGCAAAAGUGAAAAGUGGGUAAUAUUUUAUCAGAUACUUUACAUAUUUAUGGCACACAUAUUUAGUCUUAACUGAAACCUGGGGGACAUUUUUAUCAUCAUUAGUCAAAACUUUAUCUAACAGGUCUUACCUCUGAGAUCCCAUUUUUUUUAAGAGCUCUCAACCAGAAAGUAGGAUCAGUUUAAUUGAUAAGAACUGUCAAGUGUAUCAUAUUGAAGUCAAGCCAUAGAUUAUUCUUUGACUGAAACAAAAACGAUUAGCUGUAUUUUCAGUGAUGUUCAACAAAUCAGUGUCUUCUCAUUUGUAGAAAAUAACGAGUAGAAAUACAAUGUAUUGAAAAUGUAACAGUACAAUCAGCCACAACUGCGUACGAUAGCUCAGUAGACACUUAUUUAUAUGAAGUGUUUGGAACCUUUCAGUGUAACUCUACUCCACUUGUUUCAUGAGUUAUUAAAUCAUUUUUUUUUUUUUUAAUAACAAG